AUGACAACGGUGGAAGGCUUCGCGACAACGGUGGAAGACUUCCUUGGGCCACCUCUCGGACCCCUGGAACUUGGCCAUGUUGUUGUGGUCAAAAUGUCUGAACAUGUCCAGAGAAGAUACGAUCCAGCCAACAUUUCUGGCAAAGCACAGAAAACGCGCGAUGCAGACAACAGUCGAUUUGCGCCGCUCGCCGAUGUGCGGGAAAAGUGGUCAGCGUUUGACGUUGAAAGGAUUUCCGCGCAUCCGUCCAUCGCAGCCUCUCUCUCAAGACCAUGCGCGGUGGAGUGGGAGCCCCAAGUUCCCAGAUUUGCACGUAUCGUCUAUAGCGAGCGGCAACUUGAGGCUCUAUUUCUACAGACGCUCAUUACUCGGGUCAACAUUGCCCUCGAUAAGGCGAUCCCGGCCAAUGAGGAGCGAAUCGCGAUCCUCGUUGGCCCUGGAGCCUUUGAGAGCGUCUCUGCCGAGGCCAGCGUGCAGAGGCUCAUACCAGACUGGAUAGUGGUCCAAGGCGAUUUCGACGUCGGCAUGAAGGCUGAUUCGCUCCCCGUUCUCAAAGAUGUUGCGACACAAGGCAGGAUACUUGCAGUGGGGGAUACCAAGCUGGUCCGAAAAGGGGGCGGCAUCGGCAACGGCAACGUCCCUUAUACCAAGGCGUGCCACCAUGAUUUCUUGCGCCAGCUGCAAGAAUACUGUCUCAACUUGUACACGCGCUUCGGUUUCAUUCUCUCCAACGAGGAGCUGGUGGUAUUGCAAGUCAUGGCCGCACAGGAGGCAAGCCCACGUAAGGCUGAGCAGAGGGGGCUCCGUUCAAACGGGGAGCAUCAACCUGAAUCCAGCUUAGAUUCGCGAGGGACGGAUUCGUUCGAUUCGAUGGAUCAGGACGGUGAUGAUUCACCAAUGUCGGGGCUCAACGGCCGUAAUGAAGACCCAUAUGAGUAUGGCCUGCCCCCUUUACUCUCGCCUUCAGACAAGCGGCCACAUCCGUCGACUAGCCCCGAAACCAGCCCUAUUGUUGCUUCCUCGAGAAGAUUUCAGAACGCGAGCGGCAGCUUGUCGGGCAGCGAUUCAAGCUCCCAUCAGAUGAAUUCUCAUCCGAUAGGUUCUUAUCAGGUAACCUCUCAUCAGGUAACCUCUCAUCAGGUAACCUCUCAUCGGAUCCCUAGCUCCCCCGUCAUUGAAGCGUCUCAGGCGUCGUCGUCAUCCCAAAGUUAUAGCAGAUACACCCCAUCAGUCAGAGACGUUGAAGUGGGUGCUAUACAAAUACAGAGCUUUGACAUGAAAGGUUGGGGAGAAGAGGGUAAGGAGGGGGAUAGCCCUUAUAGGGCAUUGUUUAUGUUUGUGAUGAUGAUUCGUGCGUUGAAGCUUCAACAGCUGCCUAUUCAUAUUUCGCUGCAGGAGCAAAGCUAG